CAGUCCAAUAAGAAAUGAAGACAUAGAGCCCAGAUCACAGCGACUACUUCAGAAGGGUAACAAAAACAAAGAUGCUUUACGGAGAGUUUUGCUUACCACACAAAUGAAGAAUCAGCUUACCACUAUGAAUGUUCCGAAGAGAGAAAACUCCCAGAUUGAGGGACCAUCGAUCUGUAAUUCAUAUGGUUUUAAAGUCAGUAUGCAGAACUUGCAGGAGGCCAAAGCAUUGCAUGAGGUACAGCACCUCACAAUGAUAAGCAUGGAGCUUCAUGCAAGGACUCGUCGUGACCUUGAGCCUGACCCUGAAUUUGACCCAAUUUGUGCUUUGUUCUACUGCCUCAGUUCUGAUGUCUCUCUCCCAAAUUCUGACACUACCCAGAUGACAGGUGCCAUUGUCAUUGAUAAAGAUUGUUGUUCUUCAGCUCAAGCCUCCAGGAGCACAGCGCCAUUGCUUUUUAAAUCUGGUGUGACGGGACUGCUGGUGACUUAUGUCAGUGAUGAGAAGGAGCUUUUUGAAGAGGUCACAAACAUUCUUAGAAAGUAUGACCCAGACAUUCUGGUUGGAUAUGAGGUCCAAAUGUACUCUUGGGGGUACCUACUACAACGUGCAUCAACGCUCAGUGUAGACCUGUGCCAGCAACUCUCCCGUGUGCCAGGAGAUGCAAAAGAAAAUCG